UCAUCUCCGGUACGUCGUCGGCGCCGGAACCUGCGUAGGCCCUUUGUGCAACCUAAUUGGCUCAGAGAGGCUUGAGUGGGCCUAUCAAGAAGAGCCGGGGGCCGGACUCCAGCUGCCCAUUGGCCCGAAGGCUCUUCACUCAGCUGGAGGAAGCGGAUGGAAAGCUCGCAGCCUGCGGGAGGGAUGGAGGCGGCGGCGGAGCCUGGGAACCUGGCUGGCGUCCGGCACAUCAUCCUCAUCCUGUCGGGGAAGGGGGGCGUCGGGAAGAGCACCCUCUCCACGGAGCUCGCCCUGGCCCUGCGCCACGCGGGCAAGAAGGUGGGGAUUCUCGACGUGGACCUGUGUGGCCCCAGCAUCCCCCGCAUGCUCCAGGCGCAGGGCAGGGCCGUGCACCAGUGUGACAGCGGCUGGGUGCCUGUCUUUGUGGACCAAGAGCAGACAGUCUCCCUCAUGUCUGUGGGUUUCCUGCUGGAGAAGCCGGAUGAAGCUGUGGUGUGGAGAGGCCCCAAGAAGAACGCUCUGAUAAAGCAGUUUGUGUCUGACGUGGCCUGGGGGCAGCUGGACUACCUGGUUGUGGACACGCCCCCAGGGACCUCUGAUGAGCACAUGGCUGCUGUUGAAGCCCUCCGUCCCUACAACCCCCUGGGGGCCAUCGUGGUCACUACACCCCAGGCGGUGUCUGUUGGGGAUGUGAGGCGGGAGCUGACCUUCUGUAGGAAGACCGGGUUGCGGGUGAUCGGUAUUGUGGAGAACAUGAGUGGCUUUGUCUGCCCACACUGCACGGAGUGCACUAACAUCUUCUCCAGGGGAGGCGGCGAGCAGCUGGCCAGGCAUGCUGGAGUUCCCUUCCUAGGCUCUGUGCCCUUGGACCCCAAGCUCACGAGGAGCCUGGAGGAGGGCCGAGACUUCAUCCAAGAGUUUCCCCAAAGCCCUGCCUUUCAUGCACUCUCCGCCAUAGUCCAGAAGGUUUUGGAGACACCUGCUCAGCUCUCCUGACCAAGGCAUCUCCUGGCACCCUGGCACCACUGUGGGGCUGGAGCUCACAGACUUGAGCAGAGGUCAUGGGUGCGGUUCUUAGAACCUGCAGGGCUGGCCUGUGGGGCUGUCACUGUGUACACCUCUCUCUGCCCGGGCCCUUGGGAGAUGUUUCGCUCUUCAGCAGCAUCUGGGCGCCAGAGCCCCCAACAAUGAGUGGUUCUGCUGGCUUGGUCUGUGGCAGACCCCAGGGACAGUGUGGGGUCCUAGUUCCAUGGCCUGAGCUCUGGUCCCUGCAUCUUCACUUUUCAUGUUGUGGUGCUCAUGUGCCCCAGACAGGCCACUCCUGAUACCCGAGUCUCCACAUUGUCCACAAAGCUUGUGGGUCUGGAAGCUGGCUGGGGACUUUGUCGUCCUCAAGUGCCUGGCUGCUGGCAGGGCUGUGAGUGAUUAUGGUCGUGGAAGGGAGCACCCUGUAAGGUACUAACUUCAGAGGUGCCCACAAUUAAAUGUGUCCCGCUACCACAGUUA